AUGAGUACCUUAUGCUGGAACUGCCGGGGGUUAGCUAAUUCUCGGGCAGUUAGAGCACUACGAAAAUGGUGCAAUCCUCUUGUUCCUGAUAUUUUAUUCUUGUCUGAAACUAAAAUCAAUAAAAUUAUUGCUGAAAAUAAAAAACAUCAAUUAGGUUUCCAGUAUUCUUUUAGUGUUAGUAGUGUUGGACUUUCUGGUGGUCUGUGCAUUUACUGGAAUGAUUCUAUUGACUUUUCUCUUGUUUCCUACUCACAAAAUCAUAUAUGUGGUGAUGUCAAAACUGACAGUGGAACAUGUUGGCGUUUUGUGGGUUUGUACGGUUGGCCUGAGACAGGUAAUAAAUGCAAGACUUGGACUUUGAUCAGAACCUUGUGUGAUAAUUUUGAAGGGCCGAUUUUAUUUGGGGGGGACUUCAAUGAAAUUCUGUCUUAUGAUGAAAAGGAGGGUGGCGAGGACAAUGAAAGGAGUGUUAUGACUCCUUUUCGUGACACACUGCAAGAUUGUGACCUCCGUGACUUGGGAUAUGAAGGGCAAUGGUUUACGUGGGAGAGAGGCUUAUCAAUGCGUACUCUUGUUAGGGAACGUUUGGACCGUUUUGUAGCUAAUACCAAAUGGUUUGACUUGGUCACAAGCUCAUUGGUGGAGAAUCUUAUUCGAGAAAAGUCUGACCACUCGCCAAUUUUUCUGAAACUAGGAAUGCACAGACGCAAGAAAAAGAAGAAAAAGAAAAAAAGGUUUCGUUUCGAAACCUACUGGUUACUUGAUAAUGAAUGUGAGCAGGUUGUUCGGGGAGCGUGGAGUGGCAAUGUAGGAAGAGUAGAAGAGCGGGUUCAGGAUGUAGCAAGGGACCUUCGAAUUUGGAGUUCAGCCAAGUUCAAUGAUCUUGGGAAACAAAUAGAUGAGCUUGAAAAAGAGUUGAAAGAAGCAAAAGGUGAACCAUUAUCUGAUGAAUCCUUAACCAGGUGUGCUAAUGUAGAGAAGCGUCUUGAUGAGGCGUUUGAUAAACAGGAGGCGUACUGGUAUUUGCGAUCCAGAGCAGCAGAGAUCAAAGAUGGGGAUCGUAACACCUCUUACUUCCACCACAAGGCUUCACAUAGAAAAAACAAAAAUGAGAUCAAAGGCCUUUAUGACACAGAUGGAGUCUGGAAGGAGGAGCAGGAGGACAUUGAGAGGAUCAUCCAGAGCUAUUACUAA